AUGGCUCCAUUGAUGUGUUCGUCUCCUCCGCCGCGGCUCCGUCUUCCGUCUUUUCCGCCGCAGCUCCGUCCUCUUGUCGAUCCGCCGCCGUGUACGCCUCUUCACUUGCCGCUUGAAGCUCCCUCUCCUCCAGAACCGCCAGAUCCACCUGACUCACCCUUCCAUCUCGUGCUCCUUAUGCUCUUCGACACAUCAUUAACCUUUUCUCAAAAGAUUUUCAAAUCUAAUCCUCUAGUCGAUCUGCCGCCGUGUACGCCUCUUCACUUGCCGCUUGAAGCUCCCUCUCCUCCAGAACCGCCAGAUCCACCUGACUCACCCUUCCAUCUCGUGCUCCUUAUGCUCUUCGACACAUCAUUAACCUUUUCUCAAAAGAUUUCCAAAUCUCCAGAUCUAGAAUCUCUUUUGUUGAAUAUGGAUUUUGUGAUCAGUGUUGGUAUUGUCUCUCUUGUGUCUGUUGGUGACACAAGCUUAGCCUCCAAGCGUUUACUUCCUGCAGGUUUAUCUCAGAGAUUCUCAAACUUAUGCUUCACUGAUGUGUUGAUAUAA